AUGACGCUUAAUGCUAUUUGCAGCCAAAUUUCAACAAUAAAACAGGCAAGUAAUGUUUCAAUAAAGUCGUCAAAUUGCAAAUUUCUUCCGGAAAAAUUAUUUCCAGAACUUUUCGAUAAUGCUAUGGGUCUUUGUAAUAAAACUAAGGCACAUUUAAUUAUUAAACCAAACUGUCAACCUGUUUUUCGACCUAAGCGCCCGGUAGCAUACGCAGUUCAACAUUUGGUUGAAGAAGAAAUCAAGCGACUUCAAGAUCUCGACAUUAUCGCACCCAUCAAUUACUCUGACUGGGCCGCACCAAUCGUAGUUAUCAAAAAGCCAAAUGGUAGCAUUCAUAUUUGCGCUGAUUUCUCAACUGGUCUUAACGACGCGCUUGAAUCUUACAAGUAUCCACUACCGCUUCCAGAGGAUAUUUUUGCAAAAAUUAGCAAUGCAACAGUAUUUAGUCAUAUAGACCUUUCGGACGCUUUUCUCCAAAUCGAAGUUGAUAGCAAAUCGCAAGAACUUCUCACAAUAAACACGCAUCUAGGUUUAUUCAAAUACAAGCGUAUGGUUUUUGGCGUCAAAACUUUUCCGGCAAUUUUUCAACAAAUUAUGGAUAAAAUGCUUGCGGGCUUAGAUUGCGUAGCUGCUUACAUUGACGAUAUCUUUGUCUCAGGUAGAAACCAACAAGAGCAUGACAACAACUUACAUGAAGUUCUACAACGUAUUUAUCAAUACGGGUUUAAACUCAAGAUCGCAAAAUGCAAUUUUUCAGUUCCUGAAAUUGCUUACUUGGGAUAUAUUGUCAGUAAAGACGGCAUUCGCCCAGAUCCAAAAAACAUUGAAGCAAUCAAGACAAUGCCUGCGCCAACCAAUCAAUCCUUCAGAAGACUAUGUCAUCGCUGCAGUAGAGUUUGA